UCCUUCUGUGCCAGUGAGAAGGAAGGGAUAGACUCGCAAAAAAGAGGCUGGCCUCAAAGUAUCAAGAAGCAAACCGAGAUUGUUUCCUGGGAUCCGAGCGCCCAUUUGCCAUUCCCUUGCGGUGUCUGUAUAUCUUGUCUCCCUGUGGGCAACAGCAGUUUUUUUCUGUCAGAAGGAGUUUGGAGUCCCGAUUCAGGUAUCACCUAAUACCUAAAAGUAACGAAUAAUGAGUCUUUCUCCAUUUCCAGCACGUGGAGGCAUUCCUCCACCUAUUCCGCCAAAGACUCCUGCUCUUCCGCAUAUUGCUGCUCUCGCAACGGCAAGUGCCCCAAAUGUUCUCCAGAAGCACAAAAAGAAUGCGCCUUCCUUGUCAAAGGCGAUGUCUUUUGAUAACUUCGUUAAUUUCUAUUCAAACUCGCGAAAUCCUUCUCCGACAAAACAACUGGAAAAUUCUACAUCUCCAGUGGAGUUUCCUCAGACCAAGGCAUCACCUUCCACGACUGCAAUGGGUCUAAAAGAAACAUCCGGCUCGGGUCUUCAGAACUCCUUAUCCCAACCUUCAAGCGGCUUUAGUCUCGCAAGUGCAAAGCAAAGAGCAAAGGGCGUAUUUGCGGCUCGCCGCAAAGGAAGCCAAUCAGAUCUCGAGACAAUGAAAACGGUCCAAGAAGUCGGUAUGGACUCUCCCACAAUUCCUGGCCGCCCUGCGGUAUAUCAGGAAACAGAAACCGCAACCGGCUGGCGAAAUAAUGCGUUCAGUGAAAUUUUGGUAUCGAGCAUAAGUUCUCCACCGGCAUUAGACACCCUUCCAGUGUUUAGUCCCGCGGAGACCACUAUUGAGAGGCCUAUUUUGCCCUUAGCUCUUCCUCUACCUCCCCACACCCCAUGGCCAGCAGCAGAUGCGGACGCCCCACCCCAGGUCCCUCCGAAAACCAGUCCCGUUUUGCAAAAGGCAUCGACAUUCCUCGAGAGACGUGUAGAAUCUCUGGCAAUUGCAGAGGGAAGACUAGGGAGUGAGAGGGUUGCCCAACGGCCCCGCGCCGAUUCUGCUCCCCCGGUACGGCAUACCUCAACCAGAGUCAAGCAGCAUGUUGAGCGCCUUAAUCGUAAGAAGAGCACUAAUAUAUCUCCAUCUCUUCCACUGGGCGUAAAGCCUUCCAAAGCGCCAACUCACUAUCCGUAUAGCCAAAUCGAAUUACUAAAAACUGCCGCCAAGCUUCGCUCCGAGGAAUUCUGUGUCCUAAAUCCAAAGGAUGUUGAAGGUCUCUCAAAAGAGUUGUCGCAAUUAGAAACAAGGUGCCAAUACCUCCGAGAAACUCACAAAUCUCUUAGGAAUGGACGAAGGACACUACACGCUCGCAUGUUGACCUAUUUGAGGACUGCUCGUUCAGCUGUCUUCUCAAGAGAGAGUUUACUGAAACAGGAGGAAGCACUUGCUGAACUUGAUGCUGCAAUUGACGAUUGGCACAACAAACUCGAGAAGGCCGAGGACCGGAGAGCACAAGUCAAAGAGAAACUUCUUGAGCAUAUCGCUGCUGCCUUAAGUGUUCCCGAUUGUGCCUACUCACCCUCUAAGAGAGGCGUGAACACGCCUCCAGCGACACCGGAAAGGCAAGGGCGAAGCAGAUUUGCUGACAGCGAAUCGAUAACAAUAUAUGCGCUCUUAGCGGACGUUGAGCAGGAGAUCAAGAGAUCGACAACAAUGGGAUAUUGAGCCUAAAAUACUCCCUGUGAAUAGAUGCACUCUGUGGAAGCUUAAAACACUUCCGGAAACAAUAGAGAGACGCCAAACAACUUUCCUGAGCCCUUUCACCGCCAGUACUUACUUUUUUUCCCCUCUUCACCUGUAUUUUUCACCCAGGAGGUUUCCCACACUUACUCUUCAGAUUCGCUCUUAUUCACCCUUCUCUAUUUACUUCUUUCGACACCUGAUAAACUUUCCUGACUCUUGAUUGUGUGAAGCCAUCUAGUUUUUUCUGUUUCUUCGAUUCUUGGCCUUGGUUGUUAACAUGUACCUCAUACGUUAUCUCUUAUUUUCUUUUCUCCAGAGUCCUUCCUUUUUUCCUAACCCUCCCAAUUUGGAAAAGGCAUAACCAUAAACUGAGAUUUUAGCUAUAGCUGCAAAGUCUCUUUCAUCCGAUUAUUGUUAGGGGCAUUUCUCUAUGCUAUGAUAGUUUCCCAACAAUUUCUGUAUGUCCUUUCCUUAUCCUCUUGGACGUCGAUGAAAAUUUCUUUCGUGUAUUUUUUUCUAUAAAUUCUUCUCUGGUCUGGGUCGAGCGGUAGGGUUUUUUUCCUCUUCGAUUCUCAAAUGCCUAGGAGUUCUGUUUUGGCUUAGUAAAUAAAAUCUAUCCUUUCAAUUGCGGUGGAA